GUCCUCAGCACACACGUCAGCGGGUGCUUCCAUGACUGCAGAAAUUAAAAAUGGCCGCUCGCUUCGUCAGUUUUUUUUCUCCAAGAAAUCUUUUCCGUUUUACGAGAAUUCCUGCACUUCGAGGCAUACAUUCUGCUGGUGGACCCUCAUGGACAGGUCAAGAAUUCAACUCAGCAAAAGACCGUGUAAACACACUUAAAGAGGACCCAGGAAACGAAGCGAAACUUAAACUAUAUGCGCUUUUCAAACAGGCAACGGUGGGUGCAUGUGAUGCCCCUAAACCUGGUGCUUUUGACUUUGUUGGCAAAGCAAAGUGGACAGCAUGGAAUAGUCUAGGGAACAUCUCAAAAGAAGAGGCAGAAAAACAAUAUAUCACAUAUGUAAAUGAACUUGCAGCUAAUAUAGGCACAACAGAAGAAUCCGUUGGAUCAGAAAGCUCAGCUAAAGAUUCUGGUCCUGGGAGAAAGUAUGAAGCAUUAGAAGUCACUGUAAAAGAUGGUGUACAGACAAUCAAACUAAACAGACCUAAGAAAUAUAAUGCUAUUACAUGGGAGAUGUACCAGGAAUGGAUAGAUGCCCUUGAAGAAGCAGCAAAUGAUAAGUCAUGUGUAUUGACGGUAGUAACGGGAGCAGGGGAUUACUACUGCAGUGGCAAUGAUUUGGGUAACUUUGCCAACAUACCACCAGAAGGUCCAGAAAAAAUGGCGAGGGAUGGACGCAAUGUGCUCAGUAAAUUUGUGGCAUCAUUCAUAGACUUCCCCAAGCCCCUGAUUGCUGCCGUCAAUGGGCCUGCUGUGGGUAUCUCUGUCACAGUUCUGGGUCUGUUUGACAUUGUGUUUGCAUCAGACAGGGCUACUUUCCAUACACCAUUCAUGGAGCUUGGGCAAAGCCCUGAAGGAUGUUCUUCAUACACAUUCCCUGCUAUCAUGGGAACAGCUUUGGCCAAUCAAGUUCUUCUUGCAAGUCGCAAGAUGAAUGCAGGUGAUGCUCUCAAGUGCGGCCUUGUAUCUGAAGUGUUUCCUCAUGAUGACUUCCAUAGAGAAGUAGAUAGCAGAGUUGUGGCUAUGGCACAGCUACCCCCAAAGAGCCUGCAGCUGUCAAAGCAACUAAUAAGAGAAUCAAAUAAGUCAGUCCUACACGAGGUGAAUGAAAGAGAGUGCAUUUUGUUGGAGCAGAGAUGGCUUUCUGAAGAAUGCAUGCAGGCGAUCAUGAAAUUCAUGCAAAGAAAAGCUAAGUAAAGGUUGUCACGUGGUUAUUGUAAAAAGGGUUCAAAGUUUGAAUAAAAGUUAUGUUAAAGUUAA